AUGGUCACUACUCGCUCAGGUUUUUGCCUCCCGCAGACAUCAUAUGGCCUCGGACGCCGUCCUCCGAAGAACCCUUCGAUUAGAGCCCCUGCUCCCACCAAAACAACGAGCUCAGACCUCGCAUUCGGUGUCGACUUCACGGUGAUUGGCGCGAAAGGGCCGGAACACCCAUGGCAUGAAACGCCAGAGCCAAAUCGGAGGGAGCGGCGCUCAGCGGAAGCGCAGGAAAGACGCAGCGAGAGGGAAAAGGCGAAGAAGAGGAAGCGGGAGGAAGAACGGAGGAAGAAUGCCGAGAUAUCCCAGAAGACCGCCAACGGAUGGGAACAGCACAGUUUCCCUCAGCGCGUCGGAACCGCCGCUCGCAUGGAAGUGAAAUGCGCCGACAAAGGCUUCACCAACAGUCCUGACGACCUCCGCGACGCGGAUACGCUAUUCGACACCAGAUCGUUCAUUCUUAAUAAUCCAGAUAAGGGGGCUUUUGAUAAGCCGCUUGUCAUACGCUACGCCGUCGAAGAGUCCCUCGCGAACCGAUGGCAUCGUAUCCCCCGCAUCUGGAAGCGCAUGGUCUCGCAUCUCGAUUCUCGAUGUAGAUUCAAGCACAGUGCCAAAGAGCGCGACAAGAAUCGAUCUUCAACUUCUGCUGGCCACAUCGGGUGCUGGUCGCACAGCGCCAAGGAGAUCUUCGUCACUCACGACUCUUGGGACCAAACUCCGUCCGUUAAGGCCGAAUUGAAGAAGCUUUGCACCGCGGUCACCCGAGAUAUCUCUCCUACCAUCGGAUUUAUUCAGGAGAGGUAUCUUCCCAAUCAGCACGACUUGGUCAAACGCGCUCGUAAGGCCCUGCUAGCAAACGGCCUGGCUCGGCUGAAGGAGCAGCCGUAUCUCGACUUUGAGACGUUCUUGUGCAUGGCCAUCAAGUUUGGGAGCUCCGAGAUUUGGCAUCUUGAUCAUAAGGACGAUCGACGUCUCAUGGCGUUCGUCGUGCCGCUGGGGAAAUGGGAGGGCAAGGCCAUGCUAUGCUUUCCUCAGCUAGGAAUGAAGGUCGAUGUCAAACACGGCGAGAUCAUCGCCUUCCUUUCAAAUACUCUCGUACACUGGUCAACGCUCCCCGAGUCCGGUGAACGCUGCGUCUUGACUUGCUUUGUUGAUGGCACCUACGCUUCACGUUUUUGA